CUGGGCUGUCUGGGCUGGGCUAUAAAACAGAGCCAAGGCAGUGCAGCUGGCUCAGAGGCGAGGCUGAAUUCUGCAGGCGACGGGGGACCCGCACCCAGUCUCUGCCGCCUCCAGCGUUGUUGUUUUUCCUGGAAUACAGAACCGGCCACGGCAGCAAGAUGUGCAAGGGACUUGCUGCACUGCCAGCCACUUGCUUAAAAAGUGCCAAAGACAUGAAGCAUCGUCUGGGCUUCUUGCUGCAGAAGUCAGACUCCUGUGACUACAGUUCUUCCCAAGGCAAGAAGGAGAAAAUAUCUUCAAGCCAGAGGAUUAGCCAAGAGGAAGUCAGAAAGUGGGCAGACUCUUUGGAAAACUUGAUCCAACAUGACAGAGGACUGGCUGCUUUCCGUGCUUUUCUCAAAUCUGAGUACAGUGAGGAGAACAUCGAGUUCUGGGUCAGUUGUGAGGACUACAAGAAAACCAAGUCACCAGCCAAGCUCAGCCCCAAGGCCAGAAAGAUCUACGAUGAGUUCAUCUCAGUGCAGGCAACAAAAGAGGUGAACCUGGAUUCGUGCACACGGGAGAAGACAAGCCACAAUAUGCUGGAGCCUACGCUGUCCUGCUUUGAUGAGGCUCAGAGAAAAAUAUUUACCCUCAUGGAAAAGGAUUCUUACCGCCGUUUCCUCAAGUCCCCCUACUACCUGGACUUGGUCAGCCCACCUGGUGCUAGCUGCGGGCCUGAAAACUGCAAAAGAAGCCACACUCACGCCUUAGACUGCAACUCUAACAUCAUCUCUCAGUGCGCCUGAACCUGCAGCAAGGCAGGAGUGGGCUGGGCUCUUGUAAGAAUAUAUGGCAGCAAAGGCAUUCAUUGGCAUGAAGCAACAGAGCUGUCUCCAAUAGCUGUCUAAUGUCCCAGUUGUACCCCAUGUCAUGCAACAGCCAGCAUUUGUAACCCAAGCCAGGCUCAGUGUGUGUAGCAAACCCUCCUUUGACUCCAUUGGUGUAGGAGCCCCGGAGUCUGUGUCUGACAUGGAAGCUGGAUGCAGUCACUGCAUGUCCGCUGUGCUUCUGGCGAGCCCUGCCAGCCUGGUGUGCGGCGGGGGAGCACACGCUCCGCCCCGGCACGGCCCACCAAGGCACUGGGCUGCAGUGUGACACCGAGCAAGGAACAGGGGCAAGAGGAAGCCAAGGCAGGCAUUGGGGACUGUCAUCUCCCCUUUCUAAUUGGCAAAAGCUUAUAUGGAAAGGACUUGCUCUGGUCCUUAGUUCAUAUACCUCCCAAAUGUCUUGGCUUUCAGUGGUAUUUGCUCAGAACUCAGGCUGUGCUACAUUACAGUAGUUGGACAUAGGAAGAGCUCCUACUCUUUCUUAAGGGAGACCAAAAUUUUUCAGACAAACAGCCUCCCUCAAUCACCGCAGCCACUAUCACAGGGAAGCCCGCCCGUCUGGCUGCUUCUUCCCCUGUAGUAUCUAGUUUAUGCUGGCCAUAGAUAUUUCCUAGGGCUGUACAAAGCUAUUAUUAUGAGGGAGGUUCAUAUUUAUAUGUUAUUAAUUGUGUCCUUCAUGCUCCCAGGUUAAAUACUGUAGAUGAGCAGAACAGAAACAUGUUCCUUCUCUCCCAGACUGGCAGGUGUAUAUUGCUGACUCUGGAGAGCUAUCUGCCUGCCCUGGCUUAUAUGGAAUGGUUUGUGAUAGAGUAGGGCCACAAGCACAACAGCUAGGGAAGAAAGGCCCUGCAUGGGAGUACUUGAAAAUGUCUUUUUUUUUUAAAUUUUAUGUGCGUUUGUAUUUCAGUAGCAGCAUGACUCACUUUUUUUUCCUGAAGAUGGUAGGAAGAAUGUGUCGGUCUCAUUACUGCUCCUGGGCUUUGCCAGAAGGCAGCUUUUUAAGCACUGCAGUUAGACAUGGCCUUCACUGGGGGCUUUGGGAAUGAUACUGACCUGCAGCUGGAAGCACAAGAAAUAGGUGGAAAUAGGUGCAGGGCUUGCUGUCUUGGGCUGCAGUACCAGGUGUCACAGUCUCCCCCAGCCCCUGGGCUCUCCUUAGUUGGAUAUUGCUGCUCUGACAACUGUGUAUUCUUCACCCUGCAUCCCAGUCCAGACAACAGUCCUCACACCGGGAUUUUGACAUGGCAGGAGGAGGCUGUGGAUCUCCAGCAGGCAAUCCCAGGCCCACAGAGAAACAUUUCUUUUAACAUUUGCUUUAUUCUGUAUUUAUUGGAUUGUACUGGCACAUAACACCCUGCAUGUUCAGCUGAGAUGGAGAGGCUUGCUAAAGCUCUGAACAUAGCCAAGCAUGUGGCUACGUUUUAUUUUCCCCUGGUACUGGGAACUCUUGAUAACUAUUGCAAAAACUGUAUUGAUAUUUAAAUAAUGAUGAAUACAUUCUAAAUAAAAAUGUUUGCAUUAGUCCCUUCUAAAAUGCCAUUGUGUGAACCAAA